AUGGAUAAAGUUAAAGCUAAUUGGGAAAAACUGCGUACUAAGCACAUCACAGUCUCGAGUGUUUAUACGCUUGCUACAGAUGACACCGAAUCUUUGCAGAAAUCCCACUUCAAUCAAAAUAGUCCUACAAAUGCUCUUAUAUCCGGUUUUGCUGGUAAGAAUGUGAAAUAUGGAGCCAUUGAGCGAAUAACAGGUUUGGAUCCUGCCUUACCGUUGUUCAGUUAUGACAAGCCCGCAAAGCGUUUGAACCGAAGUGAUGCCGCCUAUGUUGAGUCCAUCCAAACUUGCGGUGGUAAGUUGGGUUUCUUGAAACCAAUUGGCAAAGGAGCUUUCUAUCCCAAAGGUGGCAAGAGUCAAUCUGAUUGUGGCAUUGAUCUUCAGAGAAUAUCUGGCGAAGGUGGUUGGUAUGUGCCCCAACUGGAUGGAUCUUUGCAGUGGAUGACUGAGGCUGAAGCCGAGGCAUUGAGUGAAACAGCAACCAGCCGUGCCUCUGCUACACUUUAUUUCCAUUUGUACACCCGCGAGAACCCAACUACUGCGGAUACUCUGGACACCGAUGAUACCGAAUCUUUGCAGAAAUCCCACUUCAACAAAGAUUAUCCCACAAUAAUCAUUACUCAUGGUUGGCAAUCGAACGGAAACACCGCUUUGACAACAUUGAUCCGUGAUGCGUAUUUCUCCAAGGGUGAUUACAACAUUAUUGCAGUAGACUGGAGCGACAAGGCAAGUCUUGGUUAUGCUGCCUCUGUGCUGUGUGCUCCUGAUGUUGGUAAACAAGUAGCUGGAUUGAUUGACUUUUUGUACACGGACGGUGGUUUAUCAUUCGAGUCCUUGCAUUUAAUCGGUCACAGUUUGGGUGCUCAUAUAUCCGGUUAUGCAGGAAAGAAUGUGAAAUAUGGAACCAUUCAGCAAAUUACUGGUUUGGAUCCUGCUUUACCAUUGUUCAGUUAUGAUGAGCCCGCAGAGCGUUUGAACCAAAAUGAUGCCGUCUAUGUUGAGUCCAUCCAGACUAACGGUGGUGUGUUGGGUUUUUUGAAACCAAUUGGCAAAGGAGCUUUCUAUCCCAACGGUGGCAAGAGUCAACCUGGUUGUGGAAUCGAUCUUUUCGGUUCAUGCGCUCACUCACGCUCAUACAUUUACUACGCUGAAGCUAUUGGCAGCGAUAAUUUCCCAUCUAUAAAGUGCGGUGAUUAUGAAGAGGCUGUUAGCAAGUCUUGUGGUGAAACUUAUUCUUCGAUUCGCAUGGCCGCCACCAGUAACUUCGUCAGUGCUAAUGGUGAGUUCUAUGUUCCAGUGAACACGAAGACUCCCUUCGGUAUGGGUAGCUAAAUCUUCGCAGCUUGUCUGAUAUUCAGUGUAAACGUU